UUUGGGACCGGCCGGGGAAAUCCUGAGGUUGGGCAGCACGAAAACCGUGCUCCAAGUCUGUUACGGUGUAGUUGAAGAACAGGCGGGCGUCAGCUGUUGCUGACCUGCUGCCCGGGAAUGAAAUCAAUUCAGCCUCCUCAAAUCCAUUGCUUGUAGUUUCAUCGGAAUUUAGAAAUCCAAAAUCCCGAAGCAUGCCCGUUUCUAGGUUUAUCCUGUUUUCGUCCAACCGUCGCUUCACAAGAGAGGUUUUCCGUCUUCUUCCGAGGUCUAGCCCCUCGAAGAGAGUUCAAUCUUUUAGCUAUACAAAAUCAUCAGAACGCUGUAAAGGAAAACCGGAUUCUCCUUCUGUGGUGCAUUUAGAAUCGCAUGCCUCUCGUACACCGGCUACUUAUGUUAUUCCAGCUGCUAUACUAGGGUUUGCAGGGAUAGCAGCAUUUUUUCAUUAUAACGAUGAGAGAAGAGCUGUUCCUAAAGGUCAGGCUGAUCGCCGUUCUGCAAGUGCUGUUGGGGGACCCAUAAUUGGGGGUCCUUUUACUCUAAUUGAUACAGAGAAGCGAACGGUUACGGAGCAUAAUUUUCUUGGAAAUUGGGUUCUUCUUUACUUUGGGUAUACCUCAUCCCCCGACCUGGGGCCAGACCAAGUCAACAUUAUGGCCAAGACAAUUGAUAUGUUAGAAUCAAAACAGAAUCUUAAGAUUCUACCAGUAUUUGUUACGAUAGAUCCUCAACGUGAUACUCCCUCUCAACUUCGUGAAUACCUUAAAGAGUUUGAUUCGAGGAUUGUCGGGCUCACCGGACCUGUGGGAGCUAUCAGGCAGAUGGCCCAAGAAUAUCGGGUUUAUUUUAAGAAGGUAGAGGAGGAGGGUGGUGAUUACCUUGUUGACUCUUCCCAUAACAUGUAUUUGUUGAACCCUAGAAUGGAGGUUGUGAGAUGCUUUGGAGUUGAGUAUAAUGCAGAUGAUUUGUCAAAAGAGAUAUUGAAAGAACUGAAGGUAAACAUGUCUUGAUGCACCCGAUGAAUGGUCGAGGGUUGACUGUGAUGCCAAUUGCCUGUUGAUUGAGCACCGUCUUCUUCCAUCUCAUCUGAUCGAAUUGAUUUCUCUGUUUUGGUCUUUUGAGCAUUUUUCUAUCCGAAUUACGCCAAAUUUCUGAAUUUGUAAUUCAUUUGAAUAUUGCUGAUGCCGGAAAGUAGGCCGGAGAAAGUGAGUGAACAUUCGCUAGUUAGAAAAGUUACCGAAAGUUUUUCAAAUUCGUAAAGGCGGUGUUCACUUGUUUGAGUGCAUUGUGGUCUCAUGGGUUGUCAUCGAAAUCCAUGGAAUGCGUCCCUAUUCCUUCGUGCA